AUGGCGGCGGCGAAGAAUGCGAGCACGUUGGUGACAGACGUGAGGAUGACGCUGACUCCCAUGCGCUUCAGUCCCUCGCCGAGCUGUGCCUGCAAGCAGACGAUCCACCACACUGCAGCCGUCAACGACCACCGCCCCAUACACUGCGCCUGCCUCUACGACAUCUUCGUCAUGUUGCAGCUGACAGCUGUUCUCAUGUUUGUCGUGCUGCUCGGUGCUGCCACCUGGGGCAUCACGCAGGUGGAGGACGGGCUGGACGUGACGGACCUGGUGCCGCGGCAUACGACGGAGUUCCGCUUCCUCGAGGCGCGGCAGAAGUACUUCGACUUCUACUACAUGUUUGCCGUCACUCAGGGUAACUUCGACUACCCGAAGCACCAGAAGCUGCUGCACGACUACCACGACGCGUUCACGCGCAUCGGCAACAUCAUCAAGAACGACGACGGCGGCCUCCCCGAAUUCUGGCUCCCCCUGCUACGCGAUUGGCUCAUCAGUAAGUGCAGCUAG